AUGGCGGAGAAGGACUCAGCUGUAGACCUGGAGGAGAAGGGAGAUCUUGAAGGCGAUGACUACUCGACUUCUAUCCAUCAUCAGGUUGAAGAGACCAUCCCUUCUUGGAAGGUGUUCUUGCAGCAGUUAUACGCACCUAUGCCUAUCAUGAUUUGGGUGGCCAUCAUUAUUGAGGCAGCCAUCCAGAAUUGGCCCGAUAUGGGAGUGUUGCUUGCUAUCCAAUUCAUCAACGCGACAAUUGGCUGCUACGAAAUUACGAAAGCCGGAAAUGCUAUUGCCGCUCUUAAGGCUUCGUUGAAGCCUAUGGCUACUGUUAAGCGUGAUGAUAAAUGGCAUAACAUUGAUGCUGGUAUUGUUGUGCCCGGUGAUCUAGCGCUACUGGGUGCUGGUUCUGCCAUUCCUGCCGAUCGUGCUAUCAACAAAGGACGUUUUGAAGUUGAUCAGUCCGCUCUUACUGGAGAAUCGUUUCCCGUCGAGGCCACCGUUUGUGCCACUGGAAUGCACACUUUCUUUGGAAAAACCGCUGCUAUGCUGAACACUGGUAACGAGUUGGGAAGUUUGCAGAAGAUUCUACUGCGACUCAUGGUUAUCCUUGUCGGUCUGUCCGUUACCUUGUGCGUCACUUCCUUCAUCUUUUUGAUGGUGAGUGGAAUUGACUUCAAGGAGUCCAUCUCGUUCACUGUGGUUGUGCUGGUUGCCUCCACCCCCAUCGCCAUUGAGAUUGUGACUACGGCAACACUUGCCAUUGGUUCUCGCGCCCUGUCCGAGCACGGAGCAAUUGUAUCCAAUCUUCAAGCUAUCGAAGGAAUGGCUGGUAUGAAUAUCCUGUGUUCUGACAAGACAGGUACUCUGACACUCAACAAAAUGAUGAUUCAGGAUGAUUGUCUUACUUACUCUCCUGAUCAGAAUCAGUACACUGUGCUACAAGCCGCUGCCCUCGCUGCUAAAUGGAAGGAGCCUCCUCGUGAUGCGCUUGACACACAAACGCUUGGUUCCGCCGAUCUAGAUAGUCUAAGUCAGUACGAGCAGAUUGAUUUCCUACCAUUUGAUCCAUCUAUUAAAAGAACUGAAGGUACCCUCAAGGGCCCUGACGGCAAGGUGUUCAAGACCACCAAGGGUGCUCCUCAAAUUAUUGCUAAGUUGCUCAGCGACAAGGUUGCAGAGAAAGUGAACAAACUCGCAUCCCGCGGUAUUCGUGCAUUGGCUGUGGCCAAGACCAAGGAGGGUAGUGACGAGUGGAUGAUUUUGGGUAUUCUUACCUUCCUGGACCCUCCCCGUCCCGAUACCAAGGAGACGAUAGAGCGUGCUAUGGAGCUCGGUGUUGACGUCAAAAUGAUAACAGGAGAUCACGGUGUCAUCGCUAAGGAAACCUGUCGCCAGUUGGGUAUGGGUACCAAUGUGCAAGGCAUAGAUGGUAUUCCCCCACUAGAUGAGAAUGGCGAUCCACUAAAGGAUCUAGGAAAGAUUCUUGGCGAUCGUAUCCUAGAAGCUGAUGGUUUUGCUGAGGUUUUUCCCGAGCACAAGUUUUUGCUUGUCGAGGCUUUCCGUCAGCAAGGUUUUGCUACUGGCAUGACUGGUGAUGGUGUUAACGAUGCUCCCGCUCUAAAGCGUGCUGAUAUUGGUAUUGCUGUAGCUGGUGCCACCGAUGCUGUUCGUGCCGCUGCCGAUAUUGUGUUGACUGGCGAGGGUCUCAGUGUAGUGAUCACGGCCAUUAUCAUGGCCCGUCAGAUCUUUAAGCGUAUCCAAGCCUUCAUCAACUAUCGUAUUGCCACUACGCUUCAGCUGCUCUUCUUCUUCUGGAUUGAAGUGUUAGUUUUCCGACCUGAUGACUACACGCCCAGUGCUGAGGAUCUUACAGCUGGUGGCGGUGAUCCGACUGUUCCCGUACUGCUACUUUUGCUUAUCACCGUGUUAAACGAUGGUACUUUGAUUUCCAUCAGUUAUGAUAAGGCAAUCCCUAACAAACGUCCCGAUAAGUGGAACCUUAAGAUUACCAUGUCCAUGUACAUGAAGAUUUCAGUUCCCGAUUCCUUGACGCUGUUCUCGUCACGUACCGACCCUGGUCCAUUCUGGUCGCAAGCUCCUGGUAUGGCCCUGCUUUGUGGUGCGUCAGCUUCACUGCUACUGUCUACCCUAUUAGCCUGUCUACUACCUAACGGAGAAAUGGACGAAGUACCAAUUGAAGGUCUUGAUGCCUGCAAGGUGUUCGGAUACUACAUUUUGUACAAAUUUGAUAUCUUCGGCUCCGUGUCUGGUGCCGCUAUCAACAUGAAGCAUGCGAACACCGUAGGAGAAAUGUCGCAAGCCCGUAAAAGUGUCGCCGUGGUCGAGAACAAGCUGGAGGCUUGGGACCCACUUCUUGGUGAGCUUAAACAGAUGCGACAGGAUAUCAAUCAACUCGCUCUACAACCAAAGGCUGCCGCCGCAGCUCGAUCUUCUGUUGCUCGACGUGCUUCUCAGUUCACUCAGAAAGAAGCAUUCAUCAUGGACGACAACACAUCAGGUAUGGUUGCUGGUAUCCGCCAAAACUUGAUCAAUAUUUCUGAUAAGAAUGUUGCGAGAGCUGUUGAGCAAGCAUUAGAAGCCGCGGAACAGGCGGCUGUCAACGUGCAUGAUGUUGUAGACACUGCCAACAACACCACCACAUAA